AUGUCGACCACCGGCACUCCGAAUACACCCACCACUACCCCUCUCCCUCCUCUCCCCCCACGCUCCCAACCCAUCCCCAUCCCCGGGCGCUCCCAGUCUCCUCAACCCGCCCCGAUCGAAGAACCCGACACCCGUACCCGUGUGCCACCCCUCCGCGGGAAGGUGUACAGUGGCGCUGCUUGCGGCGCGUGCAAGGGCAUCAACGAGCACCUGCCGGGUUGCAAGAUCGCGGAGAUGUGA